AUGCAAAUUGACGAACGAAUCGGCCACAGUGUUUAUGAGACACUCAGUCUCAUCUUGGAUUUCCCGAAUGACGACCAGAAGCUUUGGUGGCAUAGCACGGCGCCCAUGUUUGAAGCUAUGCUUCAGACCGCCGGCCAUACCAUCAACACACAAUACCGACAUUUGGGGAUAUACAAGAAGCACGUCAUCCCAUUUCUGGGCGUUUAUCCCACGAAUGACAAGGAACGAUGGCUAAGCAUCUUGACGAGAUACGGAAUCCCAUUCGAACUGAGCUUAAACUGUUCCAACUCUGUUGUUCGAUAUACAUAUGAGCCCAUCAACGCUGCAAGUGGGACACAGAAGGAUCCGUACAACACACUAGCCAUUUGGGAGAGUUUACAGAAACUCGUACAGAUCCAAGCAGGAAUUGAUGUCGAGUGGUUCAAGUACUUCAAGCGAGAGCUCACUCUUAAUACGGCCGAGUCUGCAUAUUUAUUCGACAACGGUCUGGCAAAAGAUGAGAUUAAGACGCAAAACAAGCUAGCCUUGGAUCUCAAAGGCAGUCAAUUUGCACUAAAAGUAUACAUAUACCCUGCGUUAAAGUCUCUUGCUACGGGUAAAUCCAUGCACGAGCUCAUUUUCGGCUCUGUGCACAAGUUGUCUCUGCAAUAUAGCAGUAUCCGCGCAGCUUUUGAAAGGUUGGAAGGAUUUGUUAUAUCACGAAAUAGUCGUGCACAAACUGGUGACUGUGGCGCUCUACAUCCACGGCUUUUGUCGUGCGACCUGGUCGAUCCCGCCAAGUCUCGCAUCAAGAUUUACCUCCUGGAGCAGAUGGUGUCAUUGUCCGCCAUGGAAGACUUGUGGACACUAGGUGGACAACUUACCGAUCAAUCGACAAUGGAUGGACUCGAUCUCAUCCGCGAGCUUUGGGAUCUGCUUCGGAUUCCCCCAGGUUUGCGGAGUUAUCCAGAGCCGUACCUGGCCUUGGGGAAAGUCCCAGACGAGCGACUCCCAUCCAUGGUCAAUUAUACGCUGCACCAUGAUGAUCCCACACCCGAACCCCAAGUGUAUUUCACCGUGUUUGGCAUGAGUGACUUGGAUGUGACCAAUGCGUUGACAGUCUUUUUUGAAAGACGCGGAUGGAGCGAAAUGGCUAUAAAGUACAGAGCCUUUCUUCAGAAAUCAUUGUGA